AGGAAGGUCAAGAGUUAAACAUGGCGGCCCGCAGCUUGCUAAGGUCUAUUUGGACCUCGUUUGUAGGCUUAAAACAUGGUCUUAUAAUGUCCAGCGUGAGUCCACUACCGAGGGUUAAUGUUCCUCAGAUAUCUGCUAUAGCCGUCCAGACCAGAGGGAUUCGUCAAGUGGUGGAGAAAAAAGAUGGCAAAACCACAACCAUUGAGGGAGAGAUUAUAGAUAUGCCUGCAGGACCACAGCCUCCAAAUCCAACAGCCAAGUGUCCUAUCUACAGAUGGAACCUGCAGCACAAGUACAGCUACACUGACGUUCUUUUGCUCAGCCAGUUCAUCAGGUCAGAUGGAGGGAUGCUGCCAAAGCGAAUAACUGGUCUUUGUCCAGAGGAGCAUCGCAAGAUUGCCAUCUGUGUGCAGAUGGCACACAGAGCUGGUCUGCUCCCUGACCACAGACCCAGACUUCCAGAGGGUCAUGUCCCAAAGAGGACCAAGCCCCAAUUGAACAGAUACUUGACUCGCUGGUCCAUUUCCUCGGUGAAACCCAUCUAUAAAAAGGGACUGAAGUGGUGCAAGAAGCGCAUGGAUGUUGGUCACCCGGCACUGAGGAACAACGUGCGGUACGGUGUGAAGCCGCUUUAUAUAAAGCACUGAAGGACAUGUCCAUACAACAGCUGGAGGAUGGAUCUUCAUAUUACCCUGGAUUUAUGUCAUAAAGGUGUGGCAGAAGACUGAAGACUGACUUU